AACAUUGCAAAGCUGGUGGCUGAAUGAGGGGAGAACUGGCUGCGGGAAGCGGGUCUCAGCACCCCCUAGGCUGGGUUGCCGUCCUAGGCGCCCCGAACACCCCUCGGGGCCGGGUCCACGCGGCCCAGCGGCGGGAUGCAGAGACAACCUGGGCCGCGUGAGCCGGAGGACGCGGCGACCGCCGAAAGCCGGGCGGCGCUCGACGCGCUCUGCAGGUUCGCGGCCGGCUACAGGCACCUGGCGAUGGGAGUGGGCAGCUCAGCUGACGGGCCGAGGCUGCGCCUGGCGCUGGAGGAGGGAGGCCGCAGGGGCUUGGAGCUGAGUCAGGGUCUGCAUGACCAGCUGCUGGCAGAGCUGACCCAGCUGGGUGUCAAGGCAGAGACCCGGGCAGAGUUGGAGCGCAUUUGGGUGCUGUUUGUAUCCACCCUGGACAUCUUCCUGCAAGACCUGGGCCGGGCCCAUCGUCUCAGCCAGCUCUUCCCAGUGCCUGCUGCAGCAGCGGGGACUCAGCUGGUCUCCACAGGAGUGUCCUCUCAGGGCCUCAAAGGCUGGAGUCUGCGGCUGGCCAGCACAAAAGCCGCCCAAGGGGCAGGAGAACUGGGUCAGUGGGUGCAGCAACUGGCAAAACUGCAGUUAGAGAUGGAAAAGGAAGUGAAUGUGCCCCCUUGGGGUGUGGAGCCAUCCAUGGGGGACCUAGUAUCAGAAGCAGCCUCUCUGUUUCACCACUACAGAGAAGAGGCAAGAGCCAGAUGUCAAGCCAACCCCUACUGCCGGUCCAAGGGUUAA